AUGUCGAUGGGCCGGGGGUCGCAUCAGCCUCCGCCAACAAAAACUGUUGUUGUGUUCAGGAACGGAGAUGCUUUUUAUCCCGGCCGAAGGUUUGUCAUCAAUCAACGCCAAUUAUCGACUUUUGACAGCUUUCUGAACACUGUCACUCGAGGCAUCACGGCGCCCUUUGGGGCAGUGCGAAACAUUUACACCCCUAAUGAGGGUCACAGGAUUGUGGAUCUGGAGCAGCUGGUGCACGGAGAGAGAUACGUGGCAGCCGGAGCGGAGAGACUGAAAAAAUUGGACUAUCAUCAGAUAACAACACAGAAACCUCAAAAGAAGAAGAGUGAACCGAUCCGACCUGUAGUUCACAGCAGAAUAAUUGUCCCGGCUCGUUGGAAGAGAAUCAGUAAUGAGUCUUGCACCAUCAAUGUUUUUACCAAUGGAGAUAUCUUGGUUCCUCCAGCACGGAUCCUGAUUCCAAAGCAUACACUCACUAGCUGGGAAAAUAUACUUGCCAUGGUGACAGAGAAAAUUCACCUUCGCACUGGAGCUGUGCACAGAUUGUGUAUGCUAAAUGGGAGAACAUUACAUGGAGCAUAUGAGCUUGUGAACAACCAGUAUUAUGUUGCUGUAGGAGCCGAGAGGUUCCGGUCUUUGCCAUAUUAUCAGCUGGUUUCAAGCAAAGGAGUAAUCUACAACCUGACUGAUGUGAUCAACAGUGGCAUUCUUCCAGAUAUAAAAAGAGACAAACAUGAUAGAAGUUUGCUCACAAAACGAGGAGUGGACAACAAUGACUCAGUUUUUUAUGCCAGAACGGACCAAGCAAAACAGCCGAGGCAGGGCUCUAAAAUUCCAGAUCUUUUCACUACAAUGGAAAAAAGUGUCUUCAAAGCCACCAAAAAAAGGAAGGAGACACUAGCAGCAUCUGAGGUCCUGGAAGAGGAAAGUAUGAAUGUGGAUCUUCCCAUAGAACAGAUGGAAUUCAAAGAAGUUGAGGAUGAGCAAAAUCACCACAGAAAUCCCCAACCAGAGAGUUUUUGUAAUAGCCCUGCCAAAGACUUCACAAAUCAUCCAAAUGCAGCUGUUACACGAAGAUCAUCAUCUUCUAGAAUCAAUAAGAUCUCACAACAUACCACAAAUAUGGAGGAGCCAGAAGGAGACCCACAACUCAACAGCCAUGGAGAUAGUGGGGACAAGUCAUUAGCUAAACCAAAGGUUAAGGACACCAAGAGGGAGGAGAUGUCCUCAAAGCAGUGUGGAAUACGGUCAUGCUUGGCUACGUGUUUAAAGGAGAAAAGCAAAAAGUGACUCUUGACAGCAAAC